UGGGGUCUUAUUAGAUUCGUCUCGUAAAAUACUUUCACCAUAUCAACUUUUUAUAAUUUUUACUUUAUAUGAUUAUAGAUAUAUAGCUUAUAAAAUGUGGUUUGGGAUGCGUAAUUUAAUCAUGUUGCAAUAUUUGUGAAAUAGAGGGAAUAGAUGUCUAUUAUCGUCUUAACCCCAUCACCCCACAAUUUAUCUACCUUUCCCCUCUCUCAAUUUUAUAUUGUAUCUAUUUUUUAAAUUUUAUUUUCCUUGGUAUUCUAAUCUAUAGUACUCAGUGAUUGAGUAGAAAUUAAAAAAAAAAAAAAAAAAAAAAAAAAAGAAGGAAUAUUAUAAUACCCUGUAGAUAAUAAUAGAUGCUGACAUUGACCUUUUUCUGAAGUGGAUUUCGUGAAUCUUGUCAUUAUAAUAUAAAUUGGCCUGGGAAGCAGCAUUCACUUUGGGUUAAGUUGUCUUUUGUUGACUUUCCCCCUGUUUUUCCAAGUAUACCCCCUAUUUUUAGAUUAGGUGGAUCUGAAUCCGCUAACCAUCAAUUCUUCUUAGGAGAUAUCUAUAUGAUAUUAUGAUUAUUGCUGUGAAGCUCUCUUUUUCCAUUUGUAACUACUUGAGUUUAUAUAUAUGCUGUCCAUUAUACAAAAAGCCUUUGGUACCAUGUUUUAUAACAUGUUUCAGCUUAUCAUUAUAGCUCUAUUUAUGUUGGUGCACCCAUUGUUGACGGCGGCAUCUUCAUUGCCGCUGACGACAGCUGAUCCUCCCAUUGCAAAAUCUGGUUGUCAGGAUAUCUGUGGGAAUGUUAGCAUUCCGUACCCGUUUGGUAUAGGGGAAGAUUGCUACCACAGCUUACCAUAUGCUGUUACUUGCAAUACCUCUUUGCUGUCUCCAAAGCCUGUUCUGAGUAAAUUCAACUAUGAGGUGGUAGAGAUUAGUCUAGAAAACACGUAUACACACACCAUAGUAGUGAACACGCCGCUGCAGAGGACCUGCAGCGUCCAAGAUGUAAACAUAACUAGCAUCGACCUUAGGGGAACUCCUUACUGGUUCUUUGGAGAUUCCAAUGCUCUUAUUGUGGGGGGUUGUGGGAGUAGUACUCUCUUGUUGGAUAGAAGCAAUAAAAUCUUAGGGGGCUGUACGACAGCUUGUGAUAAGGGUCAUACAAUAACGAAUAAUUGUACUGGCCGUGGGUGUUGCAGCAUUGAUGUUCCUUCUUCACUUGACUUUUAUCGUUUAAAUGUUUUUAACUUUGGUAAAGGUGACAAUAAUUGCACGAACAUCAUGUUGAUUAAUAAGACCUCAAUUGUAAACAAGGUGGUUGAUCCAAGUCUCUCCGAGUUUGCAGUAAUCCCCACUGUACUGCAAUGGGCCUCUGGAAACAUAGCAGUGCCCUCUGAUGACCGAAACAGGUACUGCUAUCCUGCUGAAGGUCCUCUAGAAGAUUUUAAUUGCUACUGCAAAUAUGGCUAUUAUGGGAAUCCUUAUCUUCCUUAUGGUUGCCAAGUCCCAAGAGAAUGCAAGGGAUGCAAACGAGGGUGCUCCAAAGAUGGAAAUCUUUAUCAUUGUAUUGGCAUUGACCGUGAUCCAAAUACACAACGAAUCAUUUGGUUUAUCAUUGGCGGUUCAAUCAUUGGCUUAAUGCUGUGUACUGGCAAUAUGAGCUGCAUAUACCUUUGUAUCAAGAGAAGGAAGCAUAUGAAAUUGAAGGAGAAGUUUUUCCAUCAAAAUGGCGGUUUUUUGUUGAAACAACGUCUUUCUUUGAACCAAGGCAACAAUGAUUCGACAAAAAUAUUUACUACUCAAGAGCUAAGGGAAGCUACCAACAAUUACAGCAAAAAUAACAUUCUAGGACGUGGCGGAUUUGGUACCGUGUAUAAGGGGAAUUUACCAAAUAACCAAGUAGUUGCAAUAAAAAAAUCCGUGGUAAGUGAUCAGAGUCAAGUCGAGCAGUUUAUCAAUGAGGUGGUAAUCCUAACCCAGAUAAACCACCGAAAUGUGGUAAAACUCUUAGGAUGUUGCUUGGAGACUGAAGUUCCCUUGUUGGUUUAUGAAUAUGUCUCUAAUGGAACUCUCUUUGAUCACAUACACAAUGAUGGCCCCCGUUGGCUCUCUUGGGAACACUGUCUGAGAAUUUCAACUGAGGUUGCUAAUGCAAUUGCUUAUCUGCACUCUUCAGCUUCAAUGCCUAUCAUCCAUAGAGAUAUCAAGUCUUCCAACAUUCUUUUGGAUGAAAAUUUUACAGCAAAAAUAGCGGAUUUUGGAGUCUCUAAGUUAGUUCCCAUUGAUCAAGAUCAAGUUACCACCCUGGUUCAAGGAACUUUUGGAUAUCUUGAUCCGGAGUACUUUCUGACAAGUCAUCUGUCUGAGAAGAGCGAUGUCUACAGCUUUGGAGUAGUUCUUGUUGAAUUAUUAACGAAGAGAAAACCAAUUUCAUGGGAGACCGGACUUGAAGAUAGGAACUUAGCAAUGCAAUUCAUAAGUUCAAUCAAGAGCAAUCAGCCUUUUGAUAUCCUUGAGCCUCAACUCAUGAAGGAAGCAUCCCAGGAGGAGCUUAUUACCAUUGGAAAUCUUGUAGAUCAAUGCCUUAGUGUUAAAGGAGAAGAUCGGCCAUCUAUGAAGGACAUUGCCAAAGAGUUAGAAGGAUUGAUGAAAAAGUUAAAGCACCCCGGGUCUAACCAAUGCGAUAAAGGAAACAAUGGCUUGGUUAGUGUACAUAAGCACUCUUGUGUUCAGUCCUCCCAAGACCAGAAUACAUCUCGCCAGAUUAACUUUGAGAAGGAGUUGAUUUUAGAGAUGAGCUCUCCUCGCUAGCUCCUCACGGAAAUUGCUUUGUCCAUAGUGUAAAGAAUAGUUUCAGGACAAUGAGAUUUUCCAUAAGAAUCCUACCAGUGGACUCAAGGAAUUUAAGCAACUAAAUAGUUGUUUUUUUUGUUAUCUUGUUUAAACAAUCUGAAUUCAGAAUUAGUGUAUGUAAUACAUUUGUUGAAUAAGAUCAUCGUGAUUAUGUAUUAAAUCCAGGGCUAUAGGAUAUGGUUUGUGACAGGAUGCAGGGGAGUGUCAAAUGUCAGAAUUUCACCAGAUCACAGACAUCAAAGUCCUGUUUUCUGAGUAAAAUACUUGUAAUUUUUGAAGGUCAUAUUAAGGCAUGUUUCCUGAAUUCUGUUUAGAUAAUGAAUUUUGAGCUCUAGA